GUAUAGCUUUAGUUUUUCUGAAUAUAAACAAUAUGGCGGAAAAACAGAGUUACGCAGACGGUGAGUUGGUCUGUGAAGUUUGUGGCAAAAAGACUGAUUUAAGGCGAUGUUCUCGUUGUAAACAAGUUCUGUAUUGUAGCAGAGAACAUCAAGUGCAACACUGGAAAUUUCACAAAAACAUUUGUAGAAAGAAUGAUGUCAAAGAAAUCCUUCACCAAAAAAGAAAAGCAGAACAGGAAGAACUGGACGAUUUUAACACACGCACCGCCAUGAAAAGUGGAACCGAUACAAUCGGAACUUCAAAACCGAAAUAUGACACAAGGCCUCUGAAACUUUUAUCCGUCCCUUGCCUUACGUCCAAGUCACAAGAUUUAGAAUUUCUCGGUCAAUUUAUUACAAAAGAACUUGACGAAAAAGGCUACUGUGUAAUAGAUGGUUUAUUGAAAGAUGAACUCUGCCAUCAUGUACUUGAAGACAUUAAAAAACUUGAUUCUAAAGGAGUUAUGAAGCAGGGGAUGUUGGCAGGUGGCCGAACAAGUGGGAAUGAUGAUGAGAAAGUCACAAAAGCUGACAUUCGCAGUGAUAUCAUAGGGUGGCUUCAGGGCACAGAAAAGGAAGACUUUCCUUAUAUUUGUUCUGCUGUAUCUCAAAUGGAUGACUUGGUCUCCUAUUUCAAUAAACACUUAAAAGGAAAUCUUUUUAUUGCUGGAAGGACAAAAGCAAUGGCUGCCUGCUACCCUGGAAAUGGUGCUUACUAUAUGCAACAUGUUGACAACCCUUGUAAAGAUGGAAGAUUGAUAACUUGCAUCUUAUAUCUAAAUAAAGAUUGGAACUCGGAGAAAUAUGGUGGUGUGUUACGUCUAUUUCCUGAAGGCUCCGGUGAUUAUGUGGACGUAGCACCUCUUAUGAACAGAAUGCUGUUUUUUUGGUCUGAUAGACGCAAUCCGCAUGAAGUAAGACCAGCAUUUAAAAAUAGGUAUGCUUUAACUGUGUGGUAUUUUGACCAAGAGGAAAGACAGCAGGCUAAAUCUGAAUAUGCACAUGCACAGAAGGACAUAAACAAGCUGAAUCGACGUGUAGCACAAGUUCAGGUUUCUGUAAAGGAGGUUGAAGUGUCAAAUUUGGAGCAAAAGAUUCACAAUGAAGCUGACAAUGCAGUAGCUGGACUCUCAAAGGAUGAAAUUGAAGCACUAUCAGUUCUAGUGGCUGGGCAGGCUAACCCAAGAGAGUUUUUGACCAGUCUGGGAAUAGCAAGCAGCAUUCAAGACUCACUUCUCCAGUUGAUUCACCAUCAAAAAAACACUUAAAUGAAUGGUUAUGUGAUCAUUGUGUCCACUCAUUUACAAGAGCGAACAAUGUGUCAUCACAAGCAAAGUGGGUUUUAGGAGUUUGAAAAAACACCUAUUAGGCCAAAAAAAGUCUAAAUCAAAUCAAAAUUUUAUGUAUGUUCUGUGAUAUUUUUCAAGUUAGAUCAGCCAAGGGGAUAAAAAGGUCCACUUUAUCAGGAAAAAGAUCCCCCUUAAAAUUGCUGACCACUGGUCUGAUGCUGACUGUGUGACCAUUUAAGUUAAGAUAUCUAAUGUCUAACAUGCAGGUUGGACUUUGUCCUACAUGUAUAGUCCUUUUCCCUUCUUGCGGUAAAGUUUUAUACGGCGUCAGAUGUCAGUUUAACUGGACCUGAGCAAAGGUCAGAAUAACAAGUAUAAUAUUACCAAGGAGUUAUAACUCCUUGAUAUUACAUACAGUUUUUGCCUGUCUGAAGCUGUGGAAUGUGCCUGCAUUGAAUAAUGUUGUGCUCUUGGAUUUUCGAUUUGUUUUUUAUCACAGUGGUUUGAUGUGAUGAUUUGAAGUGCUGUUUGAUGAUACAAUUGAACAUUCAAAGCAGCAUUAAGUUUUAUUUUCCCGGUCUGAUUACAAUAAAUAUUUGCUUUUACACAAAGACUUGUUUGACAAUUCACAACAACUUUAUCUGUCAUUAUAGGUUGUUUGAUUACACGAAGGAUACAACAACUGUAGUAAAAUAAAAAUAAAAUGUCUCACCUAUCGUAAAGAGUCACGUACAGUAUCGUAUUUGAGAUCAAUUAUACCACUUAGAGCACCACGUUUACUCGAGACGUGACUAACGAACCCGUUACGUUUCUAUUCAAUAAGUGGGACAGUACCUUCAGAUGUCUUUGUCUUAAUAUUACUUCGUCGUGGAUUCUGUUACAGAUAUCUUUUCCACUGUUUUUCAUGUAGUGCAGGGGAAACGAAAACAUUUACUUAUGACAUCAUAACGUAAUGCCGUCGUGCUGUCACAACGUUAGUUACUUUGUAAAUAGUAACACACUCUGUAUAUUGUCAUUUGUUUUGAGAAAACCGAGGCAGGAAAAAGAAAUGCGGAGCUUGGCACAGCGGAUCUUUUGCCAACUUUUUCAAGUUGGAUUAAGGUGAGGGGAAAUAUUAUUUGGAUCUGCAAAGGGCAGUUACAAAAGGAAGUAU